GCGGAUGGAGCCGCGCGGCCUGCCGUCGGAGCGCGGGGCAUUGUGGUCCCUGGCCAAGAUGGCGUCCUCCGUCCGGGCGAAAUGAGGGGCCGCCGACCGGGAGUCCCAGGCGGCUGCACCGGUACCGGCACCUCCUCGUCCCCAUAGGCUGCGUUCCGCGGUCAGCUUCCACCCUCCCCACCACACUUCCUUCCCCCUCCCACCCCACCCCUUCCCCGACUCGCACUCUCCAUCACCCCCACCCCCCCCUUCCCUCCCGAGGUGGAGGUGGUUGGUUUGGGGCGGGUGGGGGGUGGGGAAGCGGGGGGGGGUGAGGUAUCUCUGACUCCCCGUUGUACUGAGUGGAGCCGGGCCGCAGCAUGGCUGGAGCCAGCCUCCUGGAGGACCUGCUGGAGGAGGAGCAAGGCGACAUGACCGACUGGAACCUCCCGGUGGCUUUCGUCAAGAAGCGGCACUCGGAGAAAAUCGAGGGCUCCAAGGCGGUCACCCAGAGCUGGCGCAUGAAAGACCGGAUGAAAACUGUCAGUGUUGCCUUAGUUCUAUGCCUGAACGUUGGUGUGGACCCCCCAGAUGUGGUGAAAACUACUCCCUGUGCUCGUUUAGAGUGUUGGAUAGAUCCACUGUCCAUGAGCCCACAAAAAGCAUUGGAAAGUAUUGGUGCUAAUUUACAGAAGCAGUAUGAAAAUUGGCAACCAAGGGCCAGGUAUAAGCAAAGCUUGGAUCCAACAGUGGAUGAAGUUAAAAAACUUUGCACCUCCCUGAGACGCAAUGCGAAGGAAGAGCGUGUGCUUUUCCAUUACAAUGGACAUGGAGUGCCAAGACCGACAGUGAAUGGAGAAAUCUGGGUAUUCAAUAAGAAUUAUACCCAGUAUAUUCCUCUUUCUAUAUAUGACCUUCAGACUUGGAUGGGGAGCCCCUCAAUAUUUGUGUAUGACUGCUCAAAUGCUGGAAUCAUAGUGAAGUCAUUUAAGCAGUUUGCAUUGCAGAGGGAGCAGGAAUUGGAGGUUGCAGCUAUCAAUCCAAAUCAUCCACUAGCACAAAUGCCUUUGCCACCAUCAAUGAAAAACUGUAUCCAGUUGGCUGCCUGUGAGGCCACUGAACUUCUGCCCAUGAAUCCAGAUUUACCAGCAGAUCUUUUCACUUCCUGCCUGACUACACCUAUCAAAAUAGCAUUGCGCUGGUUCUGUAUGCAAAGGAGUGCUAAACUGGUGCCUGGAGUUACACUGGACUUGAUAGAAAAAAUUCCGGGAAGACUUAAUGACAGGCGAACUCCCCUUGGAGAACUCAAUUGGAUUUUUACAGCCAUAACAGACACAAUAGCUUGGAAUGUAUUACCAAGAGAUCUCUUCCAAAAAUUAUUUAGGCAAGACUUGUUGGUUGCCAGUUUAUUUCGCAAUUUUCUCCUGGCUGAAAGGAUCAUGAGAUCGUAUAACUGUACCCCUGUUAGUAGUCCUCGUCUGCCCCCAACAUACAUGCAUGCUAUGUGGCAAGCUUGGGACCUCGCAGUGGACAUUUGCCUUUCACAACUUCCCACCAUCAUUGAAGAGGGAACAGCUUUUAGGCAUAGUCCAUUCUUCGCUGAGCAGCUAACAGCGUUUCAGGUCUGGCUGACAAUGGGUGUUGAGAACAGGAAUCCACCAGAGCAAUUGCCAAUCGUCUUACAGGUGCUGCUUAGCCAGGUACACCGUCUGCGAGCGCUGGAUUUGUUGGGAAGAUUUUUAGAUUUGGGUCCCUGGGCCGUGAGUCUGGCAUUAUCUGUUGGUAUUUUCCCAUACGUUUUGAAACUGCUUCAGAGUUCAGCUCGGGAAUUAAGGCCCCUCUUGGUUUUCAUUUGGGCAAAGAUCUUGGCUGUAGAUAGCUCUUGCCAAGCUGACUUGGUGAAGGACAAUGGUCACAAAUAUUUCCUUUCCGUUUUGGCAGAUCCAUACAUGCCAGCUGAACACCGAACAAUGGCUGCCUUUAUUUUAGCUGUCAUCGUUAAUAAUUAUAAUACAGGACAGGAAGCCUGUUUGCAGGGAAAUCUAAUAGCGAUCUGCUUGGAACAACUGAACGAUCCCCAUCCUUUACUGCGACAGUGGGUGGCUAUUUGUUUGGGGCGUAUCUGGCAGAACUUUGAUGCUGCUCGUUGGUGUGGUGUAAGAGACAUUGCACAUGAGAAAUUGUACAGCCUUCUCUCAGAUCCUAUACCGGAGGUUCGUUGCUCUGCUGUCUUUGCCUUGGGCACAUUUGUUGGGAACUCAGCAGAGAGAACUGACCAUUCCACUACUAUUGAUCACAAUGUAGCAAUGAUGCUGGCCCAACUCAUAAAUGAUGGGAGCCCUGUUGUUAGAAAGGAGUUGGUUGUGGCAUUCAGUCAUCUUGUCAUUCAGUAUGAAAGUAAUUUCUGCACCGUGGCAUUGCAGUUCAUGGAAGAAGAAAAGAACUACCCACUUCCUUCCCCAGCCAGUGUAAUCGAACCUGGAAAUUUCACACCCGUGCGUGAUGGGCCAGCAACUCCAAGGCUUCGUUCAGUGAGUUCCUAUGGGAAUAUCCGAGCUGCUACUUCAGUGCGGAACUUGAAUAAAUCUCUUCAGAAUCUUAAUUUAAAUGAAGAAACCGGUGGUUCAAACCCAUUCUCUCCUGGGUAUCUAAGCACCAGCAGUAGCGCCAGUAGUACUCUGGGAAGCCCCGAUAAUGAUGAGUACAUCCUUUCAUUUGAAACCAUAGAUAAAAUGAGGAGAGUCAGUUCCUACAGCUCCUUGAAUUCAUUAAUAGGUGUAUCAUUCAACAGCGUCUACACCCAAAUUUGGCGUGUUCUGCUUCAUUUGGCAGCAGAUCCUUUCCCAGAAGUCUCAGACCUUGCUAUGAAAGUGCUCAACAACACAGCUUAUAAGGCUACAGUUAAUGCCCGACCACAACGUAUUCUAGAUUCCACAAAUCUCACACAGUCUGCACCAGCCAGUCCUACCAGUAAAGGAACACACAUUCAUCAAGUUGGAGGUUCUCCUCCUAUACCCAGCACUAGUAGUUCCAGUCUAACCAAUGAUGUGAGCAAACAGACAGGACCUAGAGAUAUUUCAGCAGUACCACGACCAGGAGCUGGUGCCGCUGGGGGGCCGCAGUACACUCCACAUUCUCAUCAGUUUUCACGAACACGAAAGAUGUUUGAUAAAGGUCCAGAUCAGACUGUUGAAGAUUCGGAGGAUGGAGUUGGACAUAAAAGUUUCAUGUCUACAACUAUGCAAACAGGUUUCUGUGAUUGGAGUGCAAAGUAUUUUGCACAGCCAGUGAUGAAGAUUCCAGAGGAGCACGAUGUUGAAAGCCUGGUUCGGAAGGAGCGCGAGUGGAGAUUCUUGCGUAAUGGGCGCGUUAGAAAACGAGCUGGUUGGAUCAUAGAGAAAGGUAUCACAAGAUUAGAUGACCAGAUCUUUAUAAACAGAAACCCAGGUGUCCCUUCAGUGGUGAAGUUUCAUCCUUUUACUCCCUGUAUAGCAGUGGCUGACAAAGACAGUAUUUGUUUUUGGGAUUGGGAGAAAGGAGAAAAGCUUGACUACUUCCACAAUGGGAAUCCCCGGUACACCCGGAUAACUGCAAUGGAAUAUCUGAAUGGACAGGAUUUCUCUCUGCUCCUCUCUGCCACAGAUGAUGGCGCCAUCCGGGUUUGGAAGAACUUUGCAGAUUUGGAAAAGAAUCCAGAGAUGGUGACUGCGUGGCAAGGGUUAUCUGACAUGCUGCCGACCACCAGAGGUGCUGGCAUGGUUGUGGAUUGGGAACAGGAGACUGGUCUCUUAAUGACUUCAGGAGAUGUCCGCAUUAUUCGUAUCUGGGACACAGACCGAGAGACAAAAGUACAGGAUAUUCCAACAGGGGCAGACAGUUGUGUGACGAGUCUUUCCUGUGAUUCUACUCGUUCCCUAAUAGUGAGUGGCCUUGGGGAUGGCUCAGUCCGCAUCUACGAUCGGAGAAUGGCUCCCAGUGAAUGCCGUGUAAUGACUUACAGGGAACAUGCUGCAUGGGUGGUAAAAACCUAUCUACAGAAGUCUCCUGAAGGCAAUAUCAUCACUGUGAGUGUAAAUGGAGAUGUGCGAUUUUUUGACCCGCGGAUGCCUGAGUCAGUGAAUGUAAUUCAGACUGUAAAAGGAUUGACAGCGCUGGACUUUCAUCCGCAAGCAAAUCUGUAUGCUUGUGGCUCCAUGAACCAGUUCAUAGCCGUAUAUAAUGCAAGUGGGGAUGUGAUAAGCAAUAUUAAAUACUAUGAUGGAUUUAUGGGGCAGAGGAUUGGAGCCAUUAGCUGCUUGGCUUUCCACCCGUAUUGGCCUCACUUAGCUGUUGGAAGCAACGACUACUAUAUGUCUAUAUAUUCAGCAGAGAAGCGAAUUAGAUAACGAUGAAUCUCACAGCCUUGCUUGUCCAUUUUACGGAACUUGUGAUCAGUGCAGAUGCUGUAUAUUACUUCUAAUGUACAUAUAAAAUUAUUUACUUGAACGUCUGGUGACAGCUGCUGCAAGACAUGACUUGAACAAUUUUCUCAAUAAAUACUUCAGCUACUGUAGGACAAUUCACUGCAAUGGUCAUGGUAUGUCUUGUUGUAAGAACAUGGCUGCCAAGCUUUUUUUUUGAAGACAUGUCUAGACCUUAAAUUUUGUUUAUUUUUAUUUUUGUUUCUUUUGUGAAUUAGAUUUUAGCAUUCAAAUUAAUAUAAUUUACCCAGUCAUGACUGCCUGAGAAUAUUGUAACAACUGUGCAUAAAUUAUAAAUUCUAUCAGCUCCCUUGGUAGACAAGUCUUAUGAAAAAGACUAAUAAAACCUUGGCUCACCAACCAUAUUAAAAUGCUAGUAGCUACUCUGGUGGACUAUUAAAAAGCUCACGUCCUUAAUGUGGUGUUACUUUGUGAGCAUUAUUUUAUCCAUAAAUUGUAGCAAUUCCACACAAAGAAAAUCAUGAUAUUCUGAAACAUUGUACAGACUUCUUUAUGAUUUGUUUUGCUUUUUCCCUUUUUGCGAUUUAAUUUUACAAAAUAAUUGCUAAUUGUAAUAGAAAACUCAAAUCAAAUCACACAAAUAACCAAUGAUGGAAAAGGAGACCUGAGCAGAACCUGAGUGAUAUUCUCUCAUCUGUUGAAUGUAAAUAAAACUAUUAAAGAAGUGGAAACUGGCCUGUGAAUGUUAUUCUUGUGUUAAUUCAUGUACCUAGUCUUUGGACUGAUAUGAAGGCUGAGCGUUGAGACUAGUGUGAUACUGUUUGUUUGUCUUUAUAUUUUAAUGUAAAGCUACAGCGUGCAUAUUAUGAUCUGACAUCUACAAAACUAUGUAGUGGAAUACUGUUUUAUUAUGUGCAUUAUUGAUUUAAAACAAAUUCAGCAUUGACUUUUUUAAAACUAGACAGUCAUAAUAUUAACACUAGAUAAGCAGUUGAUCGCAAUUAAACUCAGUUCAUAUUUAAGUAAAAUAUUAAUUUUAAUGCUUUUUACAACGCAAGGAAAGUAUUGUCUCUCAAGUUGCCCCCACACUUUUAUUUUGGUCUUUGCUGUGUAAGUUAUGAGAAAUUUGGGAAAAAAAAUAGAAAGCACUAUUUCUCAUGUUCAUAGAGUGAAAGUGAAGGAAAGUGAAGGAUGUCUUUUUGAUUGUAAUCUGUGUGUAUAGUUUGUUAUCUCUUCAUGGAAAUACAGUGUAGAUUCUAACAUCCCUUGUGUAUUAUAAGUUGGUGUUUCUCAGCUGAACUGCUAAAUUGACAUUGGUUUAACUUGGGGGUUCUUUGUUAGCAUAAACCAAAGCUUUAUUAUAGAAACAUGCUUUCAGGUUACCCAUAUGCAUCCAGAACUGCACUUAUAUUAUCAUUUUGGAAAUUGAAGACCCAACAGUUGGAAAUAGCUUUUUGUUUAAAUCAAAUUUGAGUUCAUUUUGCUGUUUAAAAAAAAAUACUCUCCUUAAUCCAGUAAUUGUCUUCUCAUGUAAGAAGUCAGCUCAGUUAAAAUUUAUGGCAUUAACAUCCAUCUGAAAUAAGAUAACUAAGUGUGUUACAAAAUAUCCUGGAAUCCAAAACCUUCAUCAAAUUUGAUUCUUUGCUUCAAACAAUGUGGAAAAUCUUUAGUAUCACUUGAAUGUAUUUUAUCAACUUUCUACAUUGAAAGCACAAAAUUAUAAAUGAAAGUAAAUUGGGGAAUUGUUAAAGAAAAAUAAGCCUUUAUAGACUGAAUAUCCAUGUACGUUGUGUAUCUAUGUAAAUGAUUUGGAGUUGGCUAAUGUAUUUUCCUCACUGGAACCUACUGACCUUACGCCCAAACUAAAAUGGAAUAGCCCAGAUUGAACAUUAUUUAGCAACCAAUGUAUUGAAUAGUUUAGCUAUUUUGUUUGUAGUGACUUUGUGCUGCAAAUUAAAUAGCGGUGUUUAGGAGCACUCAAGGUUUCAGUCUUUGUGCGUAGUAUAGAGGCUGGUGGAGCACCUGAGAUUGAAAGGUAUGUUCCCAUUCACUUUUACAUUGCUCAAUUUGCAACCAAUUGAUUUUGGAUUAUCAGUAAACAAGACAGCAACUACAUUUCAGCAUUCUUCAGCCUUUUGACCUGUGGGAUUAUAUACAAUAUAAAUUAGUGAGGAAGAAAGAUCAGUGUAAAUAGGAACUCCUUUAGCUUGACGUUUGUGAGCUCGAUUUCAAAUCUUUAGCCUCACAGAUCUUUUACCAGGCCAUAGUUUGAACAUCCCUGGCAAAAACAAAAUGCAUUUUGAUUGUAAAUUGUUUGAUGUUUAUUAGGUUUCUACCUUUAACGACCCUGUGCUGAGAAGAUGUUGAAGUAAUUCUCUUUGAACUGAGGUAGUGACUUAUGUUCAGGCUUUAGAUGACAAUUCAUGUGUCACCUGCAGUCUGACAUAACAAGAAAAUAUUGGUUGUGAUAAAAAUUCAAAAUGUAUGAAAGCUACUUAUCCCUUUGGAAUUCUUACAUCAAAUAACUUGUAAUCUAUCACAACCCAGUGAAGCAUACUGUGAUUGCAGAUGUAUUUCAAAGCAUAAACUUAAUGAUAAUUCACUCCACAUUGCUGUGAAAUAUAAUUUUUGAUAUGUUCUCUUUAAAGAAACUAAAUUGUAAAAGAAAAAUUCUAGAAAUUACAUCCAAUGUGGUUCCCAUUGGAUUGAAUUAUUCCUAAUUAUUUCUUUUUAUAUAUAUGUCUGCUUUCUGAGAAUAAAUUGUUGUAAUCCCACAUCUUCAAUAAUAGGAUGUAGCUGCAAAUAAAUUUUUGUCAUCUUCCAUGUGUUGUUUUUAUUUAUGUAAUUACAAUCGACUCAAAAUAUUCCCAGACAGUCAAGAUUUACUGUGCAUCUUCUACAUUCAAAAGUAUAGUUCCUUAAGCGAUGGAUAAUAUUGUUUUUUAAUUGGCAUUUGAAAUUAAAUUAGCAGCUUUCCAAGAAAUCAUUUUUGAUGAACAAAUAUUGUGAAGAACAUUUGAUGUUGUUUCAAACCCAAAAAUGAAUACAUACCUGUUACUAAUUUGCAAUAGUUUUUGAUUGUCUGUUUUAUAGGAUUUAACUUACAGUAUCAGAGCUGCAUACCUUUCUAAUAUCAGAUAAGUAAAUUAUUCAACUAUUACUGAGCUGUGGUGAAAUCUGGAAUAACAACCAAACGGGUUUGAUGUGGGGCGGAGCAAUACAUCAAUCCCUUCCCUUUCAGAGAUCUCACUGAGGCAAAGUUAACAUGAAGUCUCUCUUUUAAAUCCACUAACCUUGGUUUUAUGUAAUCUAUUCGGUUUCUGCUGGGGUGUUCCUUUCAUCCAUUUGUUGUCUAUUUACUGCAUAUGGAUUUCAUAUGCCGGGCAUUAAAUCAUUGAGGGAGGAUAUAUUGAUGUGAUACCUCAUGAGCCACUGUUUUGUAUGUCUGCUUUUUAGAUGAAAAUGCACAAUUAAACUAUAUUGGUGAAUAAAUCAA